UGGUUGAAUGCGGAAGCAGUUUGUAAAUAGAACUUGACCUCAAAUGCGCGAAAUACACGCUGGUAAAACGAGUACUGUAGUAGUGUUAUUGUAAGUUACUUAAUAUAUGCGACGUUAAUGUACUCUUUGUUCAAAUGGAUCCUAAUCUGUUGUUCUGGAAGAGCCAGGGUCAGUCGCUCCUCAGCCGAUUACAUAUCUGGUUUAACCUCCUUGAUCCUACUUCCCUGCUUUCCUCUGAUGCUGAAAUAAAAAACGCCCACCGUCUUCUUGGAAGUGGACAGAAGCUAAAUGAAAAGGAUGGACACGCACAGACCCUCUCACUUUCGUCCGUCCACGCCGACUCUGGCACUGUUCUUCCACUUAUUUUCCGACCUCCAGCACUGAUGCCAAUAUCUGCUCCUCUGGUGGUUGCCAGCCUUUUACCACACAGCAGCGUCAAACCCGCUUUGUUUUGGCAGUUGUUGCUGCAUAGUUACAGUGCUGGAUUCAACUAUGCAAACAGAAACUCUUCAUCGGAGGAGCAGAGCAACAACAGGUCUUUGAAACAGCUGCUGCUGAUCGCUGGGACCGUUUCCUAUGCAACAUGUGCAGGGGCCCUUCCUCAAAUUUUCAUAAACCGACUUGGUGUAAGAAGCGCACCAAUCCAAACUUUGUUUAGGUCGAUAUUACCGAUCCCACUCUCCGCUGUGCUGGCCUUCUUCAACGUGUACAUUGUCAGAAGUGGGGAGUCAGAAACUGGGAUCCAAGUGUUCGACACCAAUGGAACUCCUGUCGGCCUCUCUAAGGCAGCGGGAGACAAGGCUGUGAGGGAAACUGCGUUAUCAAGAGCGGCGCUGUUUGGUACAACCGCUGCUGUUCCUAAUCUCCUGGUUUUGCUCUUACAGAGAACUAGACUCUUCCAGAGGAGUGCUCUGCUAGCUGCUCCAGUCCGGCACAUCAGUGUCGCCUUGGUUCUGGGAAUGAUGAUCCCCGUCUCGUUCAGCCUCUUCCCACAACUCGGAACGAUCGAGAAGGACGAUGUGGAGGAGGAGCUGCAGGCCUCAGCGGUCGGUGGACAGUUGUACUACCAUAGAGGACUCUGAGGAGCAGUUUCACAGAGAAACUAAAUCAAAAUCCAUGAUGCCGUCAGCGGACGGGAGCAGUAAUGUCUUUGACAUGUUGCUGAACGUGAACCACACAUGACCGAAUGCAUUGUGGUUGUAAAAAGUUAAAAUGCAGGCAAGAAACUACUUUUUGAUCGUAAAUUUAUUUUUGCUGGAAUAUUACA